UGUAGCACAGGCCUGUGGAUCAUGUGCUGCUGUGUGAUGGGUCCUGUAGUGUGAGGAAGUGACCGGCGUCCAUGGAGCUGCCCUCAUAGUCUCCGCUACAGGCACCAUGCUGAGGACACGGACCGGAGGCAGUGCUGCCUAUCAGAGGCUGUCAGACACGGGGAAGAAUGAAAAUCCAGAAUACCGGGAGUCCUUCUUCAGUAGGGUGACCUUUUCUUGGUACAGCAGCAUUAUAAGGCUCGGCUAUAGGAAGCCGUUAGAGAGAGAAGAUCUCAUCGAGCUGAACGACGAUGACUCUUCUUACAUUGUCAGCCCAGCGUUUGAGGAAAACUGGAGAAGGGAAUUUUUCAAGCAAAGCAGGAAGGAUUCUGGAUUCAAGAAGGUAUCUUUGUUGCGGGCAUUGUGGAACACAUUCAGGUACUCGCUCAUCCAGGUGGCCCUCAUGAAAAUAGUGGCUGAUGUCCUGGCAUUUACAAGCCCUCAGAUAUUGAAGAAAAUGAUUGCGUUCUGUGAGGACCGCUCGGAGGGGGACAGCACUGGCUAUCUGCUUGCACUCGCUCUCUUUGUAGUCACCAUCUUGCAGACACUCCUCCUGCAGUUUUACCAGCGGUUUAAUAUGUUGACUGCGGUGAAGAUGAAAACUUCUAUCAAUGGGAUCAUAUAUAAAAAGUCCUUAAAUUUGGCAAAUUCUACUCGAAGAAAGUUUACAACAGGUGAACUGGUAAACUUAAUGUCGUCGGAUGCACAGCAGCUCAUGGACCUGACCGUAAACCUCAACCUGCUGUGGUCAGCCCCAUUCCAGAUCCUCAUGGCUAUCGUCUUCCUGUGGCAGGAGCUUGGAGCGUCGGUUCUGGCAGGAGUGGCUGUGCUCGUCUUGGUUAUACCUUUAAAUGCAUAUAUCGCUGCCAAAGUUAAGCAGCUAAAGAAAAGUCAUUUGAAGAGUAAAGAUCAGCGCAUCAAAUUACUGAAUGAAAUCUUACAUGGAAUAAAGAUAUUGAAGCUUUACGCCUGGGAACCUUCUUAUCAGAAGAAAGUGGUUGAUAUUCGGGAAUGUGAAAUGGAAGUGCUGAAAUCUUCAGGAUACUUGACCACGUUCUCAAUGCUGACAUUAACCUGUAUUCCCUUCCUGGUUUCCAUCGCUACUUUUGGAGUAUAUUUCUUAAUUGAUGAAUCGAAUAUCCUGACGGCGUCCAAGGUUUUCACUACAAUCUCGUUAUUUAAUAUCCUGCGUCUUCCGUUGUUUGAUUUGCCCACAGUGAUCUCCUCAGUAGUUCAGACUAGGGUCUCUCUAAAUCGACUACAACAUUUUCUUUGCGGUGAAGAACUCGCCCCUGAAAAUAUUGAAACCCACUAUAAAGGAAAUCAUGCCGUUGGAUUCCUCGGAGCAUCCUUCCAGUGGGAAACAAAUGGAUCCUCCAUUUUAAAAGACCUCCAUAUUAAGAUUCCUGAAGGCUCCUUGGUCGCUGUUGUUGGCCAGGUCGGAUCUGGAAAAUCGUCCUUCCUGUCUGCAGUCCUCGGGGAGAUGAAUAAGCUGGAAGGAACGGUUCAGAGAAAAGGCUCUGUGGCUUACGUGUCGCAGCAAGCGUGGAUUCAGAAUGCAUUAUUCCAGGAGAACAUUCUCUUUGGUCAGCCUCUGAAUAGGCCGUUUUAUGAGAAAGUUCUGGAGGCAUGCGCUCUGCUGCCGGACCUGGAGCUCCUACCGCACCGAGACCAAACCGAGAUUGGCGAGAGGGGUGUAAACCUAAGUGGAGGCCAGAAGCAGCGGGUCAGCCUGGCCCGGGCUGUAUACAGCGAUGCGGACAUCUACCUGCUGGAUGACCCUUUAUCUGCCGUCGAUGUACACGUGGGAAAGCAUUUAUUUGAUAAAGUCAUUGGACAUAAUGGAUUACUGAAAAACAAGACAAGGAUCCUGGUGACACACAGCCUCACCGUCCUCCCUCUGGUAGACCUCAUCGUCAUCAUGGAAGACGGGAGAAUAGGUCAGAUAGGGACUUACGGGGAACUGGUUUCCAAGAGACAAGACUUUGCUGAUGUGGUAUUAGCACCUGGAGCAAAGAAAGAAAGUUUUAGUGACACGACCUCAAGCACAUUAAAAGAUGCAGGAAACGUAAGAAGUCCAGGGAGACAUCCUGAAGACGCCAAGGUUCAAAAAGACAGGCAAAUGUUAAGCGCCCCCAGGAUUAAUAAAGAGAAGGUCGCCACAGGAAAUAUGAAGAUGUCAGUGGUGAAGAAGUACCUGCAGGCUUUUGGAUGGUCUUGGGUCUGCUUCACCAUCAUAGCAUAUGUUGGACAAAAUGCAAUGGCCAUAGGACAAAAUGUAUGGCUAAGUAAAUGGACCACGGAGGCCAAAGAAGUGAAAGAACAGCCAGAGCUGAGGGACAGUAGACUUGGAGUCUAUGGGGUGCUGGGAUUUCUGCAAGGGAUUUUUGUCUGCUAUGGGGCCUAUGUGAUCACAAGAGGUACCAUCUGUUCUUCCCGUUUACUACACAAUCAGAUGCUGGACAACAUACUCCACCUCCCUCUCCAGUUUUUUGAAACGACUCCAAUGGGCCAAGUACUGAAUCGAUUUACUAAGGACAUCUAUGUAAUAGAUGAGCGUUUCCAUUACUAUUUGCGCACUUGGUUGAACUGCAUGCUGGACGUGUUGGGGACCAUUCUGGUGAUUGUGUUUGCUACGCCACUGUUCUCAAUCGCUAUUGUGCCCUUUGGAUUUUUAUACCUUUUAAUCCAGAGAUAUUAUAUCGCCAGCUCACGUCAAAUCCGGAGACUGGAUGGGGCCUCACGUUCCCCAGUCAUCUCCCAUUUCAGUGAGAGCUUGCAGGGAGCGUCCACCAUCAGAGCCUACGGACAUCAAGAGAGGUUCAUUGGUCAGAACAAGGAUGUGAUGAAUGAGAAUUUAGUGUGCUACUACAAUAAUGUCAUCUCUAACAGGUGGCUGGCAGUGAGGCUGGAGUUUUUGGGAAAUUUGAUGGUCUUCUUUGCUGCAGUAUUUGCUGUCCAGGCAGGUGACAAGAUGACAUCUGGAACAGUGGGGUUAUCAAUAACCUAUGCAUUAAAUAUCACACUGACGUUAAAUUUCUGGGUGCGCAAAGCUUGUGAGAUAGAGACUAACGGAGUGGCGAUUGAACGGGUUUGUGAAUAUGAAGAAAUGGAAAAAGAGGCCCCCUGGAUCCUGCCGAAAAGACCAGCUGCUGAGUGGCCAGACAGGGGGAUCAUUGAGUUCACAAACUACCAGGCCCGCUAUCGGGAGGACCACGACUUGGCUCUCCGGGAUGUCACCUUUAAGCUGCAUGAAACAGAGAAGCUCGGGAUUGUUGGAAGAACCGGAGCCGGUAAAUCCACUCUCACCAAUUGCUUGUUCCGCAUACUAGAGAGAUCAGGAGGAAGGAUCGUCAUUGAUGGAAUUGAUAUUGCAACCAUUGGACUGCACGACUUACGAAGCAAACUGAAUAUCAUUCCACAGGAUCCUGUUUUAUUUUCGGGGACUGUACAGAUGAAUCUGGAUCCCUUGGAGAAACAUUCUGAUGCUGAUCUAUGGGAGGCUCUGGAUAUGUGCCAUCUCAAGAACUUUGUGCAAUCUCUUCCCAAGAAACUCUACCAUGAGGUUUCAGAAGGAGGAGAGAACCUGAGUGUUGGGCAGCGACAACUCAUCUGCCUUGCUCGAGCUUUACUUCGAAAAACAAAAAUCCUUUUUCUAGAUGAAGCAACAGCCUCAAUUGACAUGGAGACCGACAACCUUGUUCAGAGCACCAUUCGCACUGCGUUCAAUGACUGCACUGUACUGACAAUCGCUCACCGGCUACAUACAGUCCUGGAUUCUGAAAGAGUGCUUGUUCUAGAUGCUGGUAGAGUUGUAGAGUUUGAUGAACCACAGAGACUGAUACAGAAGAAAGGAGUCUUCUCAAAGAUGGUGUCAGAAUCUGGGAUACAGCACACGGAGUAAUCAAGCAGCUUCCAGAAGUUUUCCCGGACAGACUGUUCUGCAUCAGGACAUAGUGAAUGUCAAGAAAUCUAUGUCUAUAGAUCACACAGAGAGACAAUUGUCUGACCACAAAUUCUUGAAUCUACAGUCUGGUCCAUUCUUGGACAGUUAUGGAGUAGGUUGUAAUAGCAGUUGUCUCAACACUAUAACCCCUUUUUAGACUGAUAGCUCCCCGCCGUUCAGCCGUUGUCACCAAAGAGAAGUUGCUUAGGGCCAUACAUUUCCCCUACAGUGUAAUCUAGUUUUAGUAUAUUCAAAUGAGAUUGUAGGAGCAAUGUGGGUGUUGCUGUUACACCCAUAGGCUCUGUACAUCUGCCGCGCCAUCUGUACUUUGAUAGACAGGGCCAGGCAGGGAAAACAUCAUAAUGCAUGCAGAGGGUACGGCAGUUGCAGAGGGAUCAGAGCCUCUGGGUGUAAUGGUAACGCCCCCGUUGCUCCUAGAGGCUCACUUGCAUAUAUUAAAACCUCAUUUUUCUCAGCAGUGCAGACACAUAUGAACAUGGGACCAACACAGAUGCCUUCAGCUGCCAAGUGCACAUGUAACAGGUCAGCCGGUGUAAUAGGUACAAAUCUGCUGACAGAUGCCCUUAAAGGUUGGCCAUAAAUGUUGCAAUAAUCUGUCAGACUAUCCUCUAUGGAUGAUGUCCAUGUGUAUUGUCCUGCAAAGAAAGAUCAAUAGAUUGGUAGGACAAAUUCCCCCUCCCCCUCAGUUUACCAGAACAGAGGGUGUAUCUCUAUGACGAGUGUAUGGAAAUCGUAUUGCCAACCACUUGUAUAGCUAUUUGCACCUUAUUUUGGGAUUGCAGGCUGAUAUUACAGCGUGACUUUUUGUUAGGUUGAUGUCUACACUUUUCACCUCACGACUUUUGGAGAUCCACCUACAGAACAUCAAUCCUCAGCUUGGGUCUUCUGAGCAAUUAUUAUAUAUAAUGUUCCAUCUUGCCUUACUAACAAGACACAAUGGGGGAAAUGUAUCAUUCCCCUAUCUAGUCACUGUUUUUACGCCACCCUUGUCAGUUUUCGAAAAGAAGGCGAGGAUGUGGCCAUAGACCCCAGCACAUUUAUCAUCAUUUAUCUCAGAAACUGGUGUAAAUGGUGACAAGCUGGCGUAGAUUUCAGCCCAGUGCACGGACUGCUGGAGGAGGCAUUUCAUUUAUGAUGAGGUCUGCGACUCGUCGUAAAUUAAAAGCCUCCUCUGGCAGCGCCGGACCCAUCAAGACCGGUGUAGCACACACCAGCCUUAAAAAAAUCUGGGCCUAUGAAGUAUAAACUGGGAAGGUUUCCAAUCAGACACUUUUUUUCUGAAGGUGCAUCCUAAAGAGCUUAUAGGACUGAUUUGCCUGAACCUUACAUGGCGUCCUCCUCCUCUGGUGAAGCAAUAUCUUAUGUAUCAUGUAUGGGCAUCUUUACCUUUUUACGGCCCCAAAAGAAAAUUUCAUUUGACAUUCUGGCUCGAGCAAACGUCUUGUAGAUCUACCUGCAGAACAGAGAUGUUCAUGUUGCUGUGGAAGUGACCAUCCCAACUAUGGCAUGCCCAGCAGACACAACUGAUGGUGGAUGCCGGGGCGGCUUGGCCAUAUACCCUACAGGGAAAUUUCCUGCUGGGCCAAUGCCCAGGGGGCCCCCUGAGCCCUCCUCACAGACGCUGGCCAGGUACAUAAGGAUCUGAUGCUCACAGCAUUAACUAAUGCUAGGAGCCCCAGGUGCAUGUGCACUUGGCCGGCAGCCGCAGAUCCCUCCUGAAUUCAACUGUAUCACCACCCCCAUGGUGACAGGGCAGUAUUUUAUGGGGUUUUGCUGGGGUGGUAUUGCUGGCCCACCCUACUUCUGUUGUCCUGCUUUCUGUCAGUUCAGAUUCGCCUUGGAGCCACUUUUAGUUUUUUUUUCAGGACCACUUUAAGUUCCCAAUCCGCCACUGGGUGGAUGCAAACUUUUAAGCUUGAUAGAAAACAUUGCAGGUUGACAUCUAAUUAGCUGUUGAUUUCUUAAAGGGGAUGGCCAACCUAGUAAUUAGCCUCCCACUGAAGAAAAUGGGAUGUGGUGUCCGCACUGCAGUUUUUGGCAUGGAAUCCACAUCAAGUUCAAGUGACAAAGGGGCUUUCACUUGGAAGGUUUUACCACGGAAUUUUGGAGUGAACAGCCGUACCGAAAUUUUGCUGAAAUCCGACCAGCAGCCGCGUCCUUUCUGACUCCCAUUUAUUUCAAUGGGAGUCAACGCUGAGGAUCGCGGACAAGAUUCCUGCUCUGGAGCAAAGUUAUCUAUGAGUGUGUUCUGAACGCAUACAGGAAUACUUUACCUGUGCUUCUUCCAUGCCCUGGAACUAGGGUGGUGGAAGAGGACAACAUAAUGAAGAGUAUGUUCUGAUCCAGAUCAGUAGAAAAAAUCCCCUUGCUUUUAUUUAUAGAAACAGCUGAUUUUUUUAAAAUUACUUUUAGGUCUCAUGCACACGACCGUUGUUUCUUUCCGCGUCUGUUCCACCGAUUUUAGCGUUUUUGAUGCAGACCCAUUCAUUUCUAUGGAGCCGUUGAAAAUGCGGAUAGUCCACCGUUUGUUAUCCGCGUCUGUGGUUCCGGUCCGUCAAAAAAAAUAUAACCUGUCCUAUUCUUGUCCGCGAAAAACGGUUCGCGGACCUAUUCAAGUCAAUGGGACUGCCAAAAAUGCGGAUGCACAACCGUCUGUCAUCCGCGUCCGUUUUUGUAGAAUCAGUAUCCUGGGUGGAGAUAUUAAAAUUACACUUUUUUUACUUUCCUUUUUUUUGGGUGGUCCGCCCCAAAAAACAGAAGAUACACAGAAACAACGGGGAAAAAAACAGCAACGGACAACGUAAACGGAUCCCCAAUUUGCGGAACGGAAAACAACAACGGUCGUAUGCAUGAGGCCUUAGUGUGGGCAUUUUAUUUGAUGUGUAAUCAUUGCAGCCGCUGUCAGGAUUUAUUACUCUGUUAGAGUUGUCUCAGGGAUCAAUUAUUGGAGAAAAAUGUAAAUGCAAUAUGUUAAACACUC